AUGUCGCAAGCGCGCGAAGAGGAGAUGGCUGCGCAGCGGCGGGUCCGGCGAAGCCCGGCCGACGUUGCCUGGCUGAGCAAGUACGACACCUACGUCAGGUACCGCCGGGGGACUGAAGCCGCGAGGAGGGUGAUCGACCAGAGUGAGGACGAGGGGGUAGCGGCAAGACUCGGUGCCAAGAUAGCCCAUGCCGAGAAGAGGAUGCCCGAGUUGCGCCGCGAACUCAUCGAUGCUCCUGCCCAGACCGGAGGUGUCUCUGGCUCUGCGGUGAAGAGUGGCCUCAUCGCGGAUGGUGAUGCCGAGCAGAAGAUGAAGGACGCCGUCCAGUUGCUGAAGGUGGCCAAGCAAGAAAUGAAGGAGGCCAUCCAGUUGUUCAAAGAGGCCAAGCAGGAAAUGAAGGAGGCCGAGUGGAAGAUGAUGGAUUUGGAGGCAAUCAGGGCAAGGGAGAGGGGCCGCCAGCCGACGAUGGAAGACUUCCCGCCCACUGUGCAGGGCCCCUUCAAUGCCCUUUAUGCCGAUGGUGCCGACGCCGGGUAUGACCGAGAUAGCAUUGCCGACCCCGCCCGUUAUGGGCGACACCAGACACGCCGCAACUGCGCGCCCCAGCCGGAGCCGGGUAUUUCCGGGGUGCUGCCUCCACCGAAGGCAGACGAGGCGACGGAGACGGUGUCGCGGUGA